CCACGCCCCCUGGCGUCGCGGCCAAGGCAGGCGAGACGGCGGCGUCGGAGACUGCGCACUGGGCCCCCAGCGCCGCCAGCGGUUCCCACCUCAGAGGCUCGGAAGAUGGCGGAGCGUGCCGGCACCGGCGGCGGCACAUCCCUCAGGGGACUGCGCGAACGGAUGGUUGCGGCUGCUCACGCCAUGGCCAAAGAAAGACGGAACCAGAGUGGUUUUAGCUCUGCAUCUCAAUCCUCAAAUAUAAAAUCAUCAUUCAAGCCAGUCAUAGAUGGAUCUGUCCUUAAAAGUGACACCAGGCAGAGGUUGGCGAAGGAGCGCCGAGAAGAAAAGAAAAGACAACAAGAUGCCAACAAAGAAACACAACUGCUUGAGAAAGAAAGGAAGUCCAGGAUCCAGUAUGAAAAACUGAUGGAAGAAAAACAACGAAAGCUGAAAGAACAGAAAGAAAAGGAUGAACAGCGGAGAAUAUCCGCAGAAGAAAAAAGGAAACAAAAAUUACAGGAGGAAAGGGAGAGAUUCAACGCCGUUGUCUACCGUACAUUGGAACGGAGCAACCGUGUUGAUCAUCGUCAAAAAAGAUGGUCGUGGGAAGGCUCUACAACCAUGAACCCUGAGACUAAAAAUGCUAAUAAACGUUCUGUAUCUACUGAAAAACUUGAACAAGAGAUUUCCGGUUUACACAAACAAGUGCCUAUGUCAUCUGCAGGUGUUCAGAAUUCUGUUGCCAAGAAAACAACAGAAAAGAGAAGUUCGUCUUUGAAUAGAAGAUCUAACAAACUGCAGUCACCUAUGGAAACAGAAAAAGUAGAAGAAAAACCAGGUGCUCGACACCAGCAUACCAGUCUUCGGGAGAAUAAUUUAAUCAGCCGCCUGCUGGUCCCAACAAAAGCUUCAAUAGCCAGGAGCAAAAGUGCUGCUUCAUUGUCGGUCCCUGGAAAAGAAACCCCAGGCAACCGCUAUCCUGUACUACAGUAUGUGACCACGCCCCUGCGUGGCCAUAGCAGUGAUGAAUUGAAGAAUACCAUAGUGCUUCGCAAGUCAGCAAUGGCUGUGCCUCCCCAGGAGAAAGUGGGAGCACUCCCCAAGGCGAAGGUGGAAGCGCCCCCCAAGGCGAGCACGAGUAUGGAAGUGGCCUCCAAUGUGAAUGUGGGAGCGAUCCCCAAGGUGAGUGUGGAAGUGGACCCCGAGGCGAACACGGAGGCGGCCCCCGAGGUGAAUGAAGCAACCCCCCAGGCAAGCAUGGAAGGGUCCCCUGAAGGGAGUGUGGAAGCAUCAGUUCAAGCAGGUGCGGAAGCACUCCCUGAUAGCGUGGAAACAUCCCCGGAAGUGAGCGUGGACAUGUCCCUCGAGGUGAGCGUGGACCCAUCCCCCGAGGUGAGCAUGGACUCGUCUCUCGAGAUGAGCACGGAUGCGUCCCCUGAUGGGAGCAUGCAAGUGUUAUCUGAAGCAAGCGUGGAGGCAUCUACCAAGGCUGGUAUGGCAGCGUCCCCCAAGGCUAGUGUGGAAACGCUCCCUGAAGAGAGUGUGGAAGCAUCCCCCGAGGCCUUCCUGGAGAAACCAGAAAUGGACAAACAGGCCAACAACCCUGGUACAAAGAAGCGCCCAUCGUCACACAUACCAUGUUAUAAAUGGCCAUCUUCUCCUGCAAGUGGGUGGCGCCCACCCUCUCCCAUCAGUGUUAACAGGCAAAUGCAGAAGAAUCGCCCCCCGUCCCCUUCACCUGUCAGGUCAAAACAGUCACAACCUUCUCUUUGUUACAAAGUAAUUCCUGUUCAGCGUAACCUACUUGCGCAAAAUGUGUUAGGUACUCUUGGAAAGAAAAGAGAAGCAGUUUCUAAAACCACUAGCAGCUCUGAAGCUGUGAGCCAAAAGACGGUCUGUGAAGAGCCUAGUAGUAAAAGCACACCAGGGACUAUGAAUGCUGAGGAGGCAACAAAAAUUUUGGCAGAGAAACGGCGCCUUGCUCGUGAACAAAGAGAAAAAGAAGAAAGACUACAAAAGGAAACAGAGGAAAGGAAGGUGAAGGAAAUGGCAGAGAAAGGAGUUGAUACCCAAGGAGAAGAGUUCUCAAAACUCGAAGAUGGACAAAGACGCGAUGAAAUGAAGAAAGGAUGUACAGAUCCGGAAGACCAGAAAGUGCUGCUACAGAAGGGGGACACCAAAAUAAAAGCUGAUGAAGAGGCUGACAAACGCAAGAAGGAGCACGAGAGAAUUAUGUUACAGAAUUUGCAGGAGAGAUUAGAAAGAAAAAAGAGAAUUGAGGAAAUUAUGAAGCGGACAAGAAAGACAUAUUCAAAUACCUCACAGGCUGCAGAAACAUUCAGUGACAACACAUAUGAGGAGGACGAGGCAGAUGAUGAGGACGAGUCAGAAAGCGACGAUGACUCCUUCAGUGACCUACAUCCAUCAGCCUUUAUAAAUGGCAUGGAUUCAUCCACAAAAUUCAAAACACAUUUUAAAAACAUGAAGAAGAACACUCCCAAGCUGGUGUUUUUAGACGCCACUUCUGGCCAAGUCCAUAGAGAGACAAAAACAUUUUUUAAUGGCGACAUGAAAACCUUCAGACAAAAAAGUGCGAAAAACCCUUUGACUCAGGCGAAGGGUACCAGACCGUCCAGCAAAAGAAUGAGCAGCCGAGCAACAAAAACCAGAAAGAUAUGUAAACCUCGUGCAGCCCAGAGGAAGAUUCAUCCUCCGCUCUGGAUUUCAAUUGCUAGGCCCAUCUCCCCACAUUUCUCUGCCUCUGACUUGAACCUGGCCAAGAAAAUGACCAUCCAAGAAGGAGAAAAACAUCAGUCACCUUAACACGUGUCUCAAAAGAUGCGCAUACCACCUUGAUUCUUGCCCACAGCAAGGCUUUUGAGUAAAGACCUGUUUUUGUUUGUCUGUAGAAAUCUCCGCUGUCUUGUUUUUGUUUUCCAGCCGGUAUGUGUAAGUGUAUACACCAAGGGUGCCUUUUUAUCAAGUGGUAACUCUUGAGUUUCUAAACCAAGGAGUAAUUUUCUCUCUUAAAAUAAUGCUUAUUCUGCUUAACAGUUACAUUACUUUAACAAUUCAAAGCUGACAUUUGAUCUCAUAGACGACUUGAUGGGGGGUGCGAGGAACUCAGGAUUGCUCACAAGAGCUUUACUAGAUUGUUUAUAAUGAACAGGAGGUUGCAAAAUAUAGUUAUAAGUCCCAUGUUACCGUUAUGUAUGUUUUUAGCUCUGCCAUCACCGGAGUGCACAGGCCCCGGCACUCCCAAAUGCCAGGGGUCCUAGAAAGUGUCGUCUUGGGACAGUUUAGCACCUUUCGUGCUUAUCAUCAGUCUUACCUUUUGAAGUGCACAGGGGGGUUUAUUUCCAAAAACGUGCACUGUUUUUAUUGUGCCUACAGCACUAUGUGGCUGUUGUGUGGUGGGGCACGUGUCAUCCCCCCAGUGGAUUUUGGCGCGCCGUCUUUUUCUCCUCGUGCUCUCCAGUCCUGCCUUCGGUCUGCGCUCAGCCUUGGCAUGUGGAGCCGGACUUGCUCGGCCUUCUCUAACCACUGGCUGCAAGUGAGUACAAGAGCAGGGCCAUUCUUUCUUUGGUCGCCGUGAUAGAUAGGCGCGCAUGCGCGUGCGCACACACACACGUACACAUUUGCACACACGUUUGCAUGCAUGUGCGCACACACACGCACACUGGGAUAGCUUCCUGAAAUCCAUCAAAUUCUGCUUAAACCAGCAACUAAAACUUGAAUGCACAAUAGUUGUCCUACUGCUGAUGAGUUUUGUAGUGAAUCACAGUUUCGAGCAGGCCCAUGUUCCUUUCUAGCCACCGGUCUUGGAUUAGUUAAAGGAAAGAAUUAUUCUUUCCAGUUCCUUAGUUCUUUGCCAUUCAGUGUACUGUACCAGUGUUACAGAUAGAGCCUGGUGCCUUAGAUUUGAAAACUAUUUUUAUACACUAGCUCUUUCAUGAAGAAGGCAGAGACAAUCAUCCUAACAAAUGAGUUUCUGGUAUUUUUCUGCACAAAUGUCACAUGUUGGAACACUCCGUUAUUCUUCUGUUCAUGUGUGUGCUCUGUGAAAUAAACUUUGCAAAUAAA